UUUGCACUCAGCACGUGUGAGGAGAAGAGUUCCUUGAAAGAGAGAAGCUCCCAAGAAACAAACAUACAGAACGAAACCACACUUAACUGUCGCAGUCAGUCUCCAUUUAUUAACUUAAUGACGCAUAAAUCACUUCAACUCUGAAACUCUAACUUCUCUUAUGUCAACGGAAGCUUCCAAGCGCGACCAAUGGCAGUGGGAGAACGCCACCGCCGGCGCUGCCGCCGGAUUCGCCACCGUCGCCGUCAUGCAUCCCCUCGACGUUGUCCGAACUAGGUUCCAAGUUAACGAUGGCCGGGUCUCUCAUCUUCCCAGUUACAAGAACACUGCUCACGCCGUUUUCACCAUUGCUCGCUCUGAGGGAUUAAGAGGCUUAUAUGCGGGCUUUCUUCCUGGGGUUCUUGGGUCAACUAUUUCAUGGGGUUUAUAUUUCUUUUUCUAUGACAAAGCCAAGCAAAGAUAUGCUAGGAACAGGGAGGGUAAGUUGAAUGCAGGUCUUCAUCUUGCCUCAGCUGCUGAAGCAGGAGCUUUGGUUUGCCUGUGCACAAAUCCUGUGUGGCUAGUAAAGACAAGAUUGCAGCUUCAGACUCCUCUUCAUCAGACACGACCAUACUCUGGGCUUUAUGAUGCAUUUAGGACCAUAAUGAGGGAGGAAGGAUUUAGUGCACUUUACAAAGGGAUCGUUCCUGGUCUGUUUCUGGUCUCUCAUGGUGCUAUUCAGUUCACAGCAUAUGAGGAGCUUCGUAAAGUUAUUGUCGAUUUUAAGAGUAAGGGAAGUACAACACAUCAUCAAAACCCUGAUAAACUGCUGAAUUCUGUUGAUUAUGCCGUUCUUGGAGCAACAUCAAAACUUGCUGCAAUACUUCUGACCUAUCCAUUUCAGGUUAUACGGGCCCGAUUGCAGCAACGACCUAGUGGUGAUGGAGUUCCAAGAUAUAUGGACAGUUGGCAUGUUGUGAAAGACACUGCCCGAUUUGAAGGUGUCCGGGGUUUUUAUAAAGGAAUUACUGCAAACCUUUUAAAAAAUGCUCCUGCUUCAUCAAUAACAUUUAUUGUUUAUGAAAAUGUACUAAAAUUGCUUAAACUGACUAGAAGGAAUGACUGAGUUUUUUCAUUUUCCUUCGUGAUUCUUUCAUUUCUCUUUCUUGGGUUUAAUCUCCCCCCUUAUUUACUAUUUGUAGCCUUGAAAGCACAUUUUUCCUAUCAAUUUUUAACGAUGGGGAUUCCAUAAAAUAUAUAAUCUAGCAAUGUGGAUGCAAUUUCU